AUGGACGCCCCAAGAGUGUAUCGUGAGGGCCCAACACAGCGCAAGGCUGUUAUUGCCGUGUGUAUGGGCUCCGACACGGAUCUGGCGACCUUGAAGCCGGGCAUUGAGAUCCUCGACACCAUGGACAUUCCCUACGAAGUGCACAUCACCUCGGCGCACAGAACCCCCCAAUACAUGCUCGACUUCGCCAAGGGCGCAGCGGGACGAGGACUGAAGGUCAUCAUCGCUGCUGCUGGUGGCUCGGCGCAUCUCCCCGGCAUGCUGGCCUCGGAGACGGUGCUCCCGGUCAUCGGGGUGCCCGUCAAAGCCAUGGCGCUGGAUGGGCUGGAUAGUUUGUGCAGCAUCGUGUCGAUGCCCCGCGGGAUCCCCGUGGCGACCGUGGGCAUCUCGAACAGUGUCAACGCGGCCAUCCUGGCGGCCCGGAUCGUGGGCACCAGCGACGAAAAGGCGCAGAAAUGGGUGGCCGACCAUCUCAAGAAGAUGGACGAUGAGAACAUGGCCAAGGAGCGGCGUCUGCAGGAAGAGGGCUGGUCGACGUACAAGAAGCUGGACUCGUAG